AUGGCGUUAAUGGAUUACAAACAUUACUUUCCUAUAGAUAGCAUACAAACAGUGUGCGAUCUUUUUGCUGAUCAACUACAAAGUGGAAAAGAAGCGGAUUUGGCAUUAUUUUCAAUAAUAUUUGGAGCAGUUGAAAGUAAUUUGACCAACAUGAAAAAUUGUGAUAAAGAAGCACAUCUGAAUAGUAAGUUUGUUAAAAUGAAGUUUCCAGCUGUAGAAUGGGAGGAAGUACGCAGUCUGCAUGAACGUUUUGUCUCGUUGAUGCGUGGAGGCGUCGAUGCUAAACUACUGAGUGGCACCUAUGCAUCUCGAGAUUUAGUAAGAAGAGUCGCAGAUAUAGUUUGGAACUCACUGACUCGAAGCUACUACAAAGAUAGGGCGCAUUUGCAGUCUAUUUACAGUUUUUUAACAGAAAACAAACUUGAUUGUUUUGGUGUAGCUUUUGCAGUGACUGCAAGUUGUCAGAUUCUUGGCAAACAUGAUGUUCAUCUUGCCAUAUCAGAAGAUCAUGUGUGGGUAGUAUUUGGUAAAGAUGGCACUGAAACGGCUGAGGUCACUUGGCAUGGUAAAGGAAAUGAAGAUAAGAGGGGGCGAUCAGUUGGUGAUGGUAUUUCAUCUCUAUCUUGGCUAUAUCUGGCUGGUAAACCAGUUAUCUGUAACCGGAACAUGGAGCUAGCUGCUCUUGUAGCUUCUAUUAACCCCACUUUAACCCCGACAAUUGAUGUCCAUGAAAUAGCACAAAUGCAGCAUCAACUUCUGUGGCUACUGUAUGAUAAAGGUUAUCUGGAUGCAUAUCCAAUGGCAUUAGGGAAUCUUGCAGAUUUAGAUGAAUAUAUGAAGGUUUCUAAUUGUUCGGGGGACAAUACAGAAGAUAUAGUUUUUCCUGGUGACACUAGUUUCACCCUGGCUGACAGCACACCUAGACCAGAUGCUGGGGCCCUGUAUACCCAAGCUAUUCGAUCAGCUCGAACAAAUUAUGAAGACCGACAUGUAUACCCUUAUACUUUCCAAGGCGGUUAUUAUAAUCGUCAUAAGAUGUUUAAGGAAGCUUUUCAUGCUUGGGCCUGUGCUGGAGACGUCAUAAGACAUUACAAUUAUUCUCGCGAUGACGAGGAAAUAUACAAAGAAUUCUCAGAAAUAGCCAACGAAGUAAUUCCACAAUUGAUGAAGGCGGAGAGUUCAGGGCAUUCCGCUAGAUCCAUUCUCAAAGAUCCUGAGUGCUUUGCUUCACUUCUAAGAUUUUAUGACGGUAUUUGCAAGUGGGAAGAAGGUAGUCAGACUCCUAUACUGCAUAUCGGUUGGGCAAAACCUCUUGUAAGUACUAUCUCAAAAUUUGAUGCGGAAGUACGAGCACAAGUCAACAUAAUUUGUAAACCAGAUACAGAUGAACAUAAAGAUUCGCUAAAAACUGAAAGAAGUACAGAUAAUACUUUGUCCAUUGGUGAAAACAGCCAAUGGAAUAAUAACUCUGAAAAUACAGAGUUGAGUGUACGUGAACAACUAACGGCUGCAGUUAACAGCCGGCCAUGGGUGACAUUAUACAGUCAUAAAAUGGCUGCAUUGAAAUCUCUCCUUCUAUCUGAAAGGUUAAAUACGCAUGCUCUUCAACUUCAGUUGACUGCACAGAGCCAACUGCAACGGCCACAAGGGCCAUCAAAGAAACGAGACGUCGAUAACUCCAAAAAACCUAAACCGACAGCACGCGCUAAACGGGCACGUCGAGAACGUUGA